UUUUUAAAUUGUCAAACAGCGAUUUUCUAUAGUGGUUGCCCUAGUUACAAAUGAUGCAGUAUAUAAAACGUGCACUACCAUAUACAGAGAGUCAUUUUUGUCAUUGAAUCACCAACGACAAAGAUGAAGUCUUUAUUUUUGAUCGUUGUCGGAAUAGCAGUAGUAAAGUCAAGCAUCUUUAAGAGGGAAACAUCUUUAAAGACUAGACUUAGCGUUGGUGAAUGGGAUGGUUUUCAGACGGCAUCAGCCAUACAUGGUCUUGCAUCGACUGAUGAAAACGAUAUGAAGGCAAUUAUAAACCAGAUACCUACAGAAGAUAAAGCCGCAUAUAUUCAGGAAAUGAAGAAAGAAUUAAACGCGAUUGGAGGACUUUUCUCUAAGUUACGAAGUGUUGACUGGAGUAAAGAAAAUGCAAUGUGCGAUAAAGUAAUGGCAGAUGAAAGAGAGCUCCUGAGAGAAUUCUAUAAACUGAUGUCUAUGUUGCCUCACGACGAACAAUUACUGGCUUCUGCUACAUGUUUUGCUGGUCUAAAGACAAUAAACUAUGAUAAUCCAAAUGAGCUGGAGGUCCAAAGAGAAGUGUUCGAUAAAGUUGAUGAUUGUGAGGAAGAAUUUUUCAAAGCAUUACGAAAUAGAAUCGAUGGCAGUUCUCUAAAUCUUGAAGAUGCUGAUCAAGUUUUAAACUUAUUGCGAGAAAUCGCUGCUUCAUUGAGUGCUGUAGGUGAGACUGUUGCAUUUUCCUGGAAUGUAUUCUCGAAGAUAAUAGGUCCACAGUAUACCCCAGGAAAUCUAAAGGAAGCAGUUGAAAAUGCAGCACGUAACGUUCCAUGCAGACUUUUCUUCAUAAGGGAAACAGAUUGGGACAACGAGGAUUUUGGUGGACAAUGCGAAAUGCAACCUGGUACAAUUAGCCAUCCAAGUUCCGGUAGCUCUCCAGAGGGUCAAGAUCCAGUUAAUACUCAAAGUCAAACCUCUACUAGAAAACGCGGAAAACAGAUAACCCAGAAAGCAUUUUUCCCAUUUGAUAGAAAAACAUCAAAGUCUCUUGCAACAAGGGGACCACACGACAAAACUAACGGCGUAAGAAUAAACCAAAGUUUGAGAAACAUCCUUCAACGUCUCACAAAUGAAGAAUCUGGUUCCCCCCAGUAAGGCUAAUCUAAUGGAUAAAAACAUUGUAGGAUUUACGACUAUAACGAACAAAACAUAUAAUUUCUAAUUGGUGUUGAUUUUAAUCCUGUUUAAUCUUUUCUCUCAACACGUAAUAAUCGUUCCUUUAAUACCUAAAUGUAGUAAUUCUACUUUCAUUAGUAAACUCAAGGAUUUGUAUAGUUAACUAUACAAAUCCUUGGUAAACUGAUUACGUAUUCAGUUCUUUUUAUCAAUUUUGUAUACUCCGUGUUGAAGACCGUACCUGGAACUAGAAUGGUUUACUUUUAUAAAUUAUGACUUGGAAGCAGAAUUGUCUCAUUGGCACUUAUACCACAUCUUCCUAUAUCUAUUGAUUAAACUCGAUUAUUCUUGA